AUGGACGUCUUCGAUCAAUUCUUCAGAGGUCGGAGGGUCACGAUAGAACGAAAUGGGCGAUAUGAUCCGGCCAGAUUGUUCUACGGUCCUCGGGUUCGCCUUGCUGCACUUGCCAUUCCAGAUCGACGUGGACGGCCUCCCCGGCCUCCUCCGCCUCGACGGCCCAUCAUGUACGACGACUAUGAUACAGAUUAUGGCUACGAUUCUGAUUCUGAGCAAGUUGGAACAAUCCGCGUUAAUCCAUUCUCCAGCGCCACUGACAGAUAA